CUUGAAUGAGGGGAAUUGGCAUUUUGGGAGAGACAGUCGGGUCUCAAAUCUGUCCAUCUUGCCUAUGGAGGAUUGCUAGCCAAAAUGCCUCCGGUGGCCCCCCGCGAGGGCCAUUGGAAUUCUUUCGAUCUCUUUCCACGCUUCCUCGCAGACCCUUGGUACCCUCGUCCCGGCGAAAACGCAGCGCUAGCCUAAAAUGGAGGAUCGGAAUUCCCGCAGCGGUACAUGGAAAUACGACAGCAGCACUACCUAGCGAGAGCACCCUGGACUUCGAUCCUUUUACACUCGGGAAGGACGUCGAGAGUUGUAAUGGCGAUCAGUUGCUCAACCAUAACCCUGUACAACAAACUGUUGUACCGCCACUCGACAUCGACGCAAUUCUCGAAGAAGCACAACCGGGGAGGAUACUGGCUGGGCUCACAAGCUCACCCGAAUUUCAGCAAGCAGUAUCCCAGCUGCCAGCAGCCACCUUUUCCGAAGUCAUACGGCUACUUUCUCCCGAAUAUUUUAUUGAACCCAGCAAGGAAUUACUGUCUCAUCUACACCCCACCACCGCCUAUGUCAAUCGAAUCUUACCACUAUCCAUGCUCAUGGCACGGUUUGCAGAACAGCUGGAAACCAUUGUUGAACAGCGGCGCUAUGCAGGCCAUCGCCUGGGUUUAGCGGAAUACACCCACCUUCUGUCCUGCGCUGCAUCAAUGGGUUAUGGUCGAAUGGCGCACCGUUUUUGGGAGGAAAUGGCUGAGGAUGGAAUUGAGCCGACUGUCGAAUGUUACAACUACUUGAUGGAAGCUAAAGCAUGGGACGGUGGAUAUGUGGCUAAAGAAAAUCACAGGGUUCGGUCUACCGUUUGGAAUUACGAAAAGCGAAAACGAUGGCCGAGCAAUCCUGGUUAUAAAGGGUUCAAAACCGGCAAAGGUGGCGUGAGGGACCAGGUGCAUGGCCUCUUCAGUAUGAUGGUGGAGUCCGGAUUGAAUCCAAACGAGGCCACUUUCAUACAUGUUAUGACGGCAGCUGGUCGUGAAUGGGAUAUGGAAUCCGUCAAAACCACGCUACGGACGGUAUGGGGUAUCGAUGUUGAUUUACUUGAAAAGGAUCCCGCGAGCCACCCACCAGUAACCGUAUACGCCGUAUCCUCUCCGCUACAUCCUACAUCCCAUUCUCUAUUCGCCGUUGCUCAUAUCUUUGGCUCUAAUAAUGAGUUCGCAACGGCUUUGAAGCUUGUUGAUUUUAUCUCCCAAAGCUAUCACAUUCCCAUACCGCAACGUGUUUGGCAAGAGUUGCUUGAGUGGUCGUUUGUUCUCUCGGUCGAUAGAUUCGGGGAAAAUCUUCGCGAAAAGUCGGUUGGCAUGAUCCCACGAGAUUCUGCCCACAAACUCUUUGAUGUUUUCACUUCCUCCCCUUACAACACGCCCGCUAAUUUCAAGAUGUACGAUUUGGUCGUUAAGCUUGGCUGGAUGAGACAGUCGAAGGACCGCACUUUCCGAUAUAUGCAUGCUGCUCGCGAACACUUCCUCCAGACGCUCAAAACACGAAAUCAGCUUUUCCAUAAACUUUCGAGCAUGCACAAAGAGAUUAUGUCCACAAAAGGACCAUACAGAACCGACAACUCAUCAGUAACAGGUGAAUAUGGCUCAGUGUUGUCCGAACCAGCCUAUGACUACCGCCUUACCCACCUUUAUCCUUCAGUCACCUCUCCAGGGGCUUACUGGGACCUGUAUAACACCGUAAAACACCUCAAUGUUACUGUUGCCCGCGAAAGCUUACGCUUCCAACGGUGGAUCCGAUUAGUGCUCACGCGACGAAAGUGGACUGGCUCAAAAGCUCGGUGGGAAAGACAGGGGAUCCCAGAUUUUAUAGCCGAAUGGAAGGAAUUCCUCCCUCGCCGUGUCUUUUACCAUACAAGGGCCGGCAUAGUCGAAUUUGACCCCGUGAGCUUUUGGCCUGAAGGCCAUCGGUGGGACCUUGCAAGCUUCAUGCUGCCCCUUUGGGAUGCAGAAAAUCGGCUGAUCCAGGGGUAUGGUGAGAGUCACCAAUCCCAAACGACAGACGAUCAAGAGAAUCUCAAUGACCCAGCCACUUGUGCAACGCGACUUGAUUGAUUUUCUCUCCCAAGUUAUCCGGCCCCCGAAUCAGUGCCGCCCUGCUUCGUCCUGCGGUUUUCAAUCAAUGUCUUAAUAUUUAGCGGCGUUUGUUCAUGUAUUCUGCACUGUAGGUGUACAUUGUAACCAGCAAAGAG